UCAGGCGAUCCUCGGGCAGCUCACGACCCGGAAGUCGCCGCCGGCACGAGGCCCCCGUUGCCGAGCGCGGGCGCGAGGGGCGGAGCUUGGAGGAGACGGGGAAAAGGGUCGCGGCUCCGCUUGGCGGCUCCCUCGGGCGCUGCUGGGCGGGCGUCAGGUCCGCGAGGCGGGCGGCCGCCGUGCCCAGGUAGCACGCCCAGCCGUGGGCAGAGGCGACAUGAGUGCUGCGGGGCUGCUGGCUCCGGCUCCGGCUGCGGCCGGAGCGCCGACGGCCCCGGAGUACUACCCCGAGGAAGACGACGAGCUCGAGAGCGCAGAGGACGACGAGCGCAGCUGCCGGGGCCGCGAGUCGGACGAAGACACAGAGGAUGCUAGUGAAACUGAUCUGGCAAAGCACGAUGAAGAAGACUAUGUAGAGAUGAAGGAACAGAUGUAUCAGGAUAAACUGGCUUCUCUCAAGAGACAGUUGCAACAGCUUCAGGAAGGUACAUUGCAGGAAUAUCAGAAGAGGAUGAAAAAACUAGAUCAGCAGUACAAAGAGAGGAUACGAAAUGCAGAACUCUUUCUCCAGCUGGAAACUGAACAAGUGGAAAGAAAUUACAUUAAAGAAAAGAAGGCAGCGGUGAAAGAAUUUGAAGACAAGAAGGUUGAGCUGAAAGAGAACCUGAUUGCUGAGUUAGAAGAAAAGAAGAAAAUGAUUGAGAAUGAAAAGCUUACAAUGGAACUGACUGGAGAUUCUAUGGAGGUGAAACCCAUCAUGACGAGAAAGCUGCGGAGGCGACCCAAUGAUCCUGUCCCCAUCCCAGACAAGAGGAGAAAACCUGCUCCUGCCCAGUUAAACUACUUGUUAACAGAUGAACAGAUCAUGGAGGAUCUGAGAACAUUAAAUAAGCUUAAGUCACCCAAGAGACCAGCAUCCCCAUCUUCUCCUGAACACUUGCCUGCCACUCCUGUAGAGUCUCCAGCCCAGAGAUUUGAAGCACGGAUAGAAGAUGGCAAACUGUACUAUGAUAAAAGAUGGUACCACAAGAGCCAAGCCAUCUACUUGGAGUCCAAGGACAACCAGAAACUGAGCUGUGUGAUCAGCUCAGUCGGAGCCAAUGAGAUCUGGGUGAGGAAGACAAGUGACAGCACCAAGAUGAGGAUUUACUUGGGUCAGCUUCAGCGUGGGCUCUUUGUGAUCCGCCGGAGGUCAGCGGCUUGACUUUCUACAGUGUUCUUCCCUUGACCCUUUUUCUGGAGUGUUUUUUUGUUUUGUUUUUUUCUUAACAGAAAGUUUUUAACUUGGGAAUUGCUCCUUGGCCUUGGAAAAUGGAGAACACUGUUGUGGAUCCUGCAAGGCACUUUUGUGGCCAACCACUUCAUCUUUGUGUCAUUCUUUCCUGCCUCAACUUCUUCCAGCCAUCGCUCACCAUGAGACUCUUACUUUUGGGAGUAGUGGGAGUUAGAUUUACUUAUUUCUUAAUAUUUUGCUUUUACUUUGUCUCUCCUUUUUUGGGACAUCCUUUGAGUUUGAAGGGACAUCUGUUUUUAUUAAUUAUCUUUAGGUCUUUCAACCAUGAAAAGGAGCAGGAAGGGAUACACUCUACAAUGCAUUUUCAGGUUUUAAAGCUGAUUAGUGGAUCAUGUAGCUUCUCAACCCUUGUUGAGCCCAUUUCACUGUUUCCCCACAUGCAUGGGGCACAGGUCCUAGCAGACGGAAAUUAAUUCUCCUGGCUCUCAGCCUUCUCGGGGAAAUAAAUGCCUCAUGUAACAUCUGGUCUAUGCCAUCCAUCCCACUGGCUGAAACACAGAAACAUCUGCCUGGGAGACAACGUGUACUGAAGUAAAUGGGGCUGGGGGAGGGGGCAUUUUAGAUUCAUACUUGCUGAAGAUACCGUAUUUUAAGUUAUUUAAUACAAGUGGUUUAUUCAGACACAUUUGUUGAAGUUCAGGCUGGAACAUGAGGUGGCCAUUUCAGGAGUUUUCAUUUCUAAGUUAUUUCUCUCCCCUGCUCCCAAGGAGAUUAAGUGGUUCCCGCCAUGGGCUGGUUAUCUGUGUUAUCUAUUGGAGGAAGGGACUGAGAUUGAUAGUGCAAUAGCCAGUGAUCUAGACUCUCACUCGCAAUGCAAGUUGCACUCUUGUUGCUGAUGCCAUUAUUGCCCGUUGGCCAUUCCCAACUCACGGGCCCUUGUCAGCACUCCCAGCCUCCCAGGGAUCUGGCCUCAGUCGAAGACAAAGAAAGCUCUGCUGUCGCUGCCACUAAACUUAGAACACUCUUCCUAAUGUGUACUGAUGAAACAGCCUUCCCUGCCCUCCCUGCUCCCUUUCCCUUGUGCCCCCAAGUGGAGAAAUGAUUCAUUGGGUGAUGGGGUUUCCUAUAUUCUAGUUGUCACCUAAAGAUGUUUAAAGAGUUUGGGGGUGGAGUAACUCUAUUGGAAAUCAGUAGACCUUAUACAUCCUAGGAAAUCUUUGUAAGUAAUUCCUUGGUCUCAAGUGAUUCUCUUUCUGUGGUCUCUUGAUGUACCUGUCCCAAAGCAAGUGGGGCUGUGAUGACAAGUAAAUCACCUUUGAAGUCCUGGCCUCAACAGAGACCAAACCUACUGACUCAGUGGUGACUGUAUAGAUGUAUUUUUAUUUUAAUUUAUAACCCAUUUUUUUCUCUCAUUUUUUUUCUGGUGUUGGGAGUCUCAUUGAGAGAACAGUACAAGUGAUAAUUGAUUAUUAAAAGUUGUCAGGUAUUUUGUGUUUCUUCUCUACCCAUGGGGCCCCCAGUAUUAUGUUUACUAUAGUGAAUCAAGUCCACAGUAAGCAGGGGCUUCACCUCUAUUUCUUCUUGGUGGCCUGUGCUGUGAGGGAGACCUCCCUUGCUUGGAUUGCCACUGUGGUCUGGGUAACAUCUCAGAAUAUCAGGUAGCUAUUGUUUUUCAUUUGUGUGCUCUGAUGGAAAUUUACAUGAACAUAUUUAGUGUGUGUUGUCAUUGAAGGUAGUUUUUCUUUUUAAAUGAUUGUCUUGUCUUCCUAAUAGUACAUCUAAGUUUAUUUUUUUUUUCCAGAAAGGAUUGUGUUGAUAGCUAUUGGUGGGGUCAGCAUCAAAGCAGCAAUAAGUUGCCUUUUUUACUUGCCCUGUCUGGUGGUACCUUCGUGCUUUUAUGAAGUCACUGUUUAUCUGAAGACCAGGGAAUGAGCACUUUGGCCUCUCUUCUGCACAUUUGAGGGUGUUUGAAGCCACACUUUAGCCUGGUCUCGGUCCCAUCACUGCCUUCUGCUCCUCAGUGUCCUCAGCAAUAAUCAUUAUGUAGUGAAAAUGGGGGGAAUAUGAAGAGACUUGAGACACACAGCACAAUGAAUGAAUUCCUAAUCCCAGUAGAUUUAAUUUUUUAUCUAGUUACCCCAGUAAUGAAAAAUCAGUUCAGUCCCUCUGAUGGGUGCUUGUGAUAACCAGGGGUCAAAGAGCUCCCCUGUCAGGAGAUGGAGAUGCUUUUGUGAUGGGCACAAGUGAACCAGAGGCCAAAACACUUGGAGAACCCUAGGAUAAGGGGCUGGCUUUUAGCCCACAUGGCCAUUCUCAUUCCAAAAGGUCUUUAUCUCUCUAGGCCCUGGCUCAGCAGAUGAAUUCCCAAAUUUAGGCUAUUUCCUGCAAUUGAUACUUAGAAAAAAUUGGUCCAGACAAUUUGGAACAAGAACCUAUACAUGUGUUAAUUUGAUCAAGAACCUGUAUGUGUGUUACUCUGAUUAAGAACCUGUAUGUCAUGUGUGUUACUCUGGUCAAGAACCUAUCCAUGUGUUCUGUUUGAGGCAUCUGCCUCAGUAUUAAUGCACAGUGUUUGCUGUGGAUGUGUCCCCAUAUUUAUUUUACCUCUGCUUUGGGGUUUUUGCGUGCAUCCCCCUCUGUCCCUAAGCCAGUAUCCUCUUGAACAAUUUCCAGGUUUCAGUAGCUGUACCAAAGCCAGGAUGUUUUCAUUCAUUUGGAUACCAGUAUUUAUGGAUGUCUAACUACCUAACUUAAUUUUUUAAAAAACUUCUAAUGGGCUAGUGUAGGAUCCCAGAGGCUGAUUUGCGAAUCAAGCUGUUUGUAUUUGUGUGUGAGACACUGUACAGGAUUAGGUGACUUUUCUAAGAGAAA